UUAACAGCUUGAAAUUGCGUCGCUAAAUCGUCAUUCUUUGGUUUGAUCGUUGACUCGUUAUUUCAGGUGGAAUCGUCUCUUCAGGGUAAAGGAUGGAGGGAGUAAAGAAAGUUUACAACGACAUCCCAAAGUCCCCUCGUGAUGACCGGUUGUACCGCGGUUUAGAGCUGAACAACCACAUGAAAGUGCUGGUUAUAAGCGAUCCCCUUACUGACAAGGCAGCGGCAGCGAUGGAUGUACACAUUGGUAAGAUAAUGAUCUUACUGUUAAAAUUUAAAACUAUUUCUUUACUCAGAGGCAAGCACACGUGUUGCGGGAAAAACUUCAUCACUCAAUGCACAAGUUUACCUAUACUUUCAUGUGAAAGUUAAGAUGACUCAUCAUUCUAGGAUUAUCAUAUAGGAUUAUGCAUAAUUUAAAUUAUUUUUUAACUUAAAAGGUAUAUGAACUGAAUUAUUGAGUAAACGUUUUGAAGGUGGAUUUAUAUGUAUUAAAGGAAAAAGUAAAACAUUCUCAAAAAUAUUCAAAAAAAUGUUAAAUUUGUAAGGUCUUCAGGUAGAUUAAUAGCGGUUUCUAUUAUGAAGCUUCAGAUUGGUUGCUAUGACUUCUAUUUUUUUAAGUACUUACAAAAAAAUGUAAUAAUUUUUACACUGCUUUGGAACAUCAAAAAUUUCAUGCUAGUAUUCAAAUAAUUAAAAAAAAAUGCAUUAGGCUUUUUCUGAGUUCUGUUUUUUGAGGCCAAGUCUGAAUUAACCUCUCCUUGAAAAAUCAGCAUCAUUUGCAUGAGAAUAAUAAAAAAAGAUUCUCAUUGUACUAACCACCCAGAUAUUAGAGAAGUAAUAUGGUAGUAUUUGUUGAUGUCCCACUAGUGAUGGAGUCACAAAAGAGUUGUAAACAGAAGUGCAGAGCUUUAUAAUCCAGUAAAAUUGGCAUUCUGAUUCUGCUGACCAGUCUGUCAGUUAUGAUCUGAUACCAGGUUGUCUAAGUCACAAGCAGAAGCAGAAGAACAAAAAAAUGUACAUGUAAUGUACAGGUAUUUAGAAAUAUGUACUGUUAUGCUAAAUGAUAUAUGUAACAGUAUUACUUGGCUUUAAGUCCCAAAAGUGACCAACAUCAAUUUUCUCCUAGAAAAAUAUCAAAACAAAGUCUAAGCAAAAGGUUUAUGAGAGCUCUCUUUUGCAAAAUUCAUAUGCUUUUCAUGCUCCAGGGAUUCGUAAUUUAGUUUAUUUGUAACACCACCAGGCAGCAUGAGUGACCCAGAUGAUCUUCCAGGUCUUGCCCAUUUUUGUGAACACAUGCUGUUUCUAGGAACUGAAAAGGUGAGCAUAGUUCACCAUGUAAUUUUCAGAUAUUGAUGGAAUUUAUAAUGUGUUAUAAUUUAUAGUUAAAUUUAUAAUAAUUAUUGUAUUUUUUUGUUUUGUCUAUUGAAGUUACUUAGUCUACUAGGACAUUAUUUUCAAUAACAUGAUUGCAUGCCAGCGUAACUUUGGUAAGAGCUUCCAAAAGCAAUAUACCUACAUGCAGUGAAUUACAUGACUUUUUCUUUUCUACUUUGCAGUAUCCUUCAGAGAAUUCUUUCACUCAGGUAAGAUCUUUGAUUUACCAAACAAAAAACUAAAAGUGCUAGUUACAGCUGUAUAAGCCCAAACAAGCUAUUGCAGGGCUUUUCUUUCUCCUGGCUUCAAUUUGAUUGCUACAAUUAUUGCUGCAGUGGCUGUUAUAUGAAAAAAGGUUAGGUGACAAUAAUGAUUGUUAUCAUCAAUCAAAUAGAAAUUAUCAACAAUAUUAAUAUAAUUUUGUGAUGAUCACAAUGAUCACUGAGACAAGUAUACCAAAGUUGUUCAAUUUGAAUUGACUGUUCUGAGGAGUAACAAAGUUUCUGUCAGUGCUCCAAGCCCCUCAAACUUUGCCAUUCUUUCCGGUUAGUGAUGGUCACAGAAAAAAAAGAAAUCUUGCAAGACUGGUUUAUUAAAGCUUAGUGGUCCAGAGUAAAUACGAAAGAAUACAGCUAUGUUCAUAGAACCUGACUUGUUACAGUGUACAUGACACAUUCAUUUUGAGACUGAGACGCCCAGAGAGCUUGCUUACAGGCUAUCGCCACACUAAAUUUAUAUAUACCGUAUUUAUUCGAUUAACCGCCCUGGGCGCUUAUUAAAUUUUUGGACCUUGAGACUGGGCGCUUAUUCGAGGUGGGCGCUUAUACGAGGCUGGGCGCUUAUUAAAUUUUCACCGUUUUCAGCACUUGAAGUAUGUUUAUUUUGCAACAAAACAAUAAAUGCUAAUAACAAAACUCGAAGAAGUAACAAAGCAAUGUUUCUGUAAAAUACUCUGAAGAAAUCUCCGUCCUCGGGAAGUCUCUUAUUAGAAUUUAUUCACUCAAGGCUUAUUUGAGUUUGAUUGGGAGGAGGAGGGGUGGGCGCUUAUUCGACAUUAACUUUUUUUCUGCCUUUAAGAUUUCGAGAUAAUAGGUUGGGCGCUUAUUCGAAUAAAUACGGUAUAUAUAUAAACAAAAUUGCUGGACUUGGAUUCCCAGGUGUGACCACAAUUCCUUGUUUCAACUGUUUUUCUUUUUUGUGUAGCUUUAAGUAGCUUUAAAUACUCGUAAAACAUAGCACUGAUUGAGUGAGUGGAACGAGCUACCAAUAAAUUAUUAUUUUUAUAAUGAUGCCUUGCCUUCAACUUUUACAUUGUAGCUCUUUUUUACUUUGCAGUUUUUAAGUGAGAAUGGUGGUUCUUCCAAUGCCUUCACUAUCAGUGAACAUACAAACUUUUACUUUGAUGUCAAACAUGAGUGUUUAAAUGAGGGGCUAGAUCGGUAAGUUGAAUUGUUGCAAAUUUUUUACUCCACAAGAAAGAUAAGGAUGGAUUCCCUGAGUGCUUACCAUUUUUUACGUUGAAAGUGCCAGAGAUCCAGGGGGUUCAUUAACGGCCGGGCAACGGGCAAAUUGACCGGCUGUGAACACGACUUUGCCCGGCUGCUUUACAUCUCAAAGAACUUCUUUUUAAUACAAGGAACGAUUAUAAACAGUUUUAAGUUACAAUCGUGCCCUAUUCUUGAUGAGUCUUAUCGAGUGUAAAACAUACUUUGCCGUGCCGUUUCCACUUUAUUACGCGUGGCAUGAAAUCCCCUCGUUCGUUAUGUGUUAAAUACAAGAAUCGCCCCAUAAACACAUUGCGAAAAGAACUGUACUUCAUAAACGACCAUGUGAAAUGUAUCAGGAUUGCAAGCACGUGAGCAUGGCGGCCCAGAAAAUUAACGCGUUCGAUAGUGGAUUAUUUUUCGGCUUCAACCAAAGGGCCUCCAGUAGAGAAAAGGCCAAGAGGAGAGUAGACUUCUUUGUGAUCUAACCUUUGACUUGCCUGUAUAUAUUGAAUGACUUAAUCAUCACGUUCAAUGAAGCGAAGCGUGAUUUUUUAUUCGUCUUAUGGUUUACGCCAAUGAAUUAAUUUUCGGUGCGUUCACGUUAAAAAAGUGCUCAGGACUCCCGUCUAGUCAUUGAAAUUUUCAAGACAAGAUGUUAAACUAAUACUUUUGUGAUUCACCUUCUAGCGAAAACUCUUGGUAUCAAAUCAUUACUAAAUUGUCUAGAAAAGUUAUCUUUUUUUGGUUGUUGAAAGUUACUGUCUGCAGCUUCAAAAUGCAGGAAAACACAUCCCUGCAACUAUACAAUUUCAAAAUUUUCCGGGGGAGCAUGCCCCCGACCCCCCCUGGGGGGAGGAAGGCCCUCCGGGCCUUGCCAAUUCUUUGCCCGGGUGUCAAACUCAGUUGCCCUCCUGUUCAAAACCUUAAUGAACCCCCUGGAGAUCUGGGGUCACAAUAAGCUAUGAUCUGUCUUAGGGUAAAUAUGUCUCCCACAUAGUAAACAAGCAAAGUGUUAGGUGAAAUCAAGGGAUCCAUCAGAAAUGAUAAUUGGCAUGCAUUUCCUUGCCUCUAUGUAAUACUUAUGAAUUUUGUUACAGUCCAUUGUUUGUUAAUGGCAAUAACCUCAGCACAACAGCCAUCUCUUUACAAUCACUGUAGCAUAAGAGAAGUUUCUCAUGAACAGUAGUUCAUGCAAAUUGAAUGUCUUCCUAUUUUUUUUUAGAUUUGCACAGUUUUUUCUUUGUCCAUUGUUUAAUUCAGAUGCCACAGAUAGAGAAGUCAAUGCUGUUGAUUCAGGUAUUGAGAUAAUACUUUACUGAAUUAUGCAAAUUUAGACCUGUUAGAGAAUAAGAAAUAGGAAAUUAUAAAUAUCUUUUUUACCUCAGAGAAAAAUUUCCCAUGCUGGCAAAAUUAAUGGCACUCCGCAAUUUAUUAUUAAAUUGAAAUUAUGUCCAUUAGUCAUUGAGUCCUUGAAAACUGUUUACAUACAGCUACCAUCAAGUCUGCACAGGCCUUUUGUUUUUAUUGAAGACAAAUGAUUUUUCAGGAUCAACUUACACAGUUGAUCAGUUUCUGGUGAGGGGGCUUGAAAAAAAAGAUUACUCAUUUACAUUUAUAGCAUACUGUCAAUGCAAACCGUUAGUAAUGAUUUGUCAGAGGCACCAUUAAAUUUUACAUUGUUACGAUUAAGAUUGUUUUUUUUUAAUUUCCAAGAAAAAAAAUGCAAGAAAUACUGUGUGAUGCAGUUUUCUAUUUCUGUAAUUCCUGGACCUGCUUUCACAUAUCCAAACAUGUACAGUUAAACCCUGCUUUACGAACACCCUCUUAAUACGAACACCUCAUAAUUAUGGACAGUUUUCUUUGUCCCUGGGGAAAGAAAAUUCUUACAUAUUCUCUAACCUCGACCCGCUUAAUACAGACACUUUCUAUGGCCCCCUUAGUACUGUUUCUGUAUUAACAGGAUUUGACUGUUCUGUAAAACCCUGCAUUAUGGACACCAUCUUGAUACGGACACCUCAUUAUUAUGGACAGUUUUCUUUGUCUUGGGAAAAGAAAAUUCUUACAUUUUCUAAAAAUUCAACCCGCUUAAAGGGGCUGUGUCACGGCAGUCCAGUUCAUUUUGUUUAAUUUUGCCAAUUACUCGCCCUCAAUCGCUAUGGAACUUAAGGUAAGCAAAGAAAUUACAUGUAAAUGACAAAGUCAGAGACUCAAGACAAACAAAUAUGUCUCCUGAGCAUUAUUUUUGAAGUUGCAGACAGCAGAGAUAAACUUUGAAGAACUUUUAGGCUGAACAGUUUUCAAAACCCUAAUUUCAAUCCGUUUCAAUCUUCUUCAGUUUUGCCCAUCUGUGGCAUCUGUUGCAUCUGAUGUGUUAUUUUAACCUUCCUUUAAUGUUUUAAGCGGUUAUUUUUAUUUUUUUCUUGGAUUUAACAGGCAUUUUGUAAUUACCUAAUUUGGCUGAGUUUCGUGACACAGCUCCUUUGAUACUGACACCCCAUAAUACAGAUACUUUCUAUGGUCCUCUCAGUAUCUGUAUUAACAAAUGGGGCUGGACUGAACAUGAUAUAAGAAAUGUCUUUAUUCACAGAGCACUGUAAGAACCUGCUGAUUGACACAUGGAGAUUAAAUCAACUUGACAAAUCAUCAGUGGACCCAUCUCAUCCUUAUCGAAAGUUUGGAUCAGGUAGGUCUGAUUAAAAUGUCAACAUUAUUAUUUAUUGAUGUGCUAACCAUGCGGGAUGUGGCCUUCCUUUCUAUGGUACUGCUAUACAAGUUUACACCUUUAAGACAAAGCUUUACUUGAAUUUUCUCUUCUUUUUCUGAUUUUGGUGAUUGUAGGGAACAAACUUACACUGGAAACAAGGCCAAAGGAGAGAGGACUGAGCACUCGUGAUGAAUUACUUAAAUUUCAUAAUUCAUUCUACUCUGCCAACAUCAUGGCUUUGACUGUCCUUGGUAGAGGUAAGCAGGCAAAAUAACAUGAGAUUUGCGUGGGAAGUAGAAAAAAAUCGAAGCCACUAAUAUGGUUAUGUAAGGCCUAGGCUAGCCUGUGAAUACAGCCAUUUUAUCUCUUAGCUCCUUGCCUCUAAGGAUGUUUUGCCAGGAGGGAUGUCUGCGCCUCAGCGACAGAAAUUCCAUACUGAUGACGUAAAUCAAUGUUUACAUAAUAAAUCCUGUAGUCAUGGGGUUCCAAAUGUAAAUUUGUGUGAUUUUAUGCUUCUCCUCGUCGAUUAUGGUAAAGCUUUGUGUUCUACUGCGAACAAGCUUGAGCGAAACUAAAAUGCUUUUUCUAAAGAAGAAUAUAUUCCAGGAGUUGACUGUUUUGUAGCGGAUUAAUUGCGUUUAUGACCCUGUUUACAUUUGACCUUUGUAGCCUUUUGUCUUUUGCCUGUCAUUUGUCUUAUUCAUAAACAAUAGCUAAAACAAUGUAACUACUAUGUUGACCAAUCAGAGCUCCUGACCAGAUUCCAGACAGAUUUUUCAUCAUCAGUAUGGAAGUUCUGUCAUUGGGACAUAUCAGACUUUCUAUCUGCCUGAAGCAGACAGAUAGAUUGUGUUGGAAGGUCCAAACUCUCCUAAGAUUUUUUACAUUCUAUUCUACUCUCUAGACUCACUUGAUGAUCUGACAAACUUGGUUAUAAAGCUCUUUUCUGGUGUUGAAAAUAAGAAUAUUUCAAUUCCUGAGUUUCCUGUCCAUCCAUAUGGUGAUGAACAACUCCAGGUAAGAAAAGUAACCCCAAUCAUCUUGUAGCACAUGCCUAUUAGUUAACUGCAAGUAUUUUUACUGUAUGACCAUCUCGGCAAAAAGGUAAAAAUUUGCAAUCAGCAAGUUAAAACUUGAAUCCACUUGAAUUCACUCUCUCCUUUUUGAAAAUAUUAUUAUAAUCUCUUCUCACCAAUCUCAUAAACCCAUUUUCUCUUUCCCAAAAAUCUCCCUGACAAUAAUAUUUACUAACACUAACUUAGUACUGUAUAUACAACUUGUUGUUUCCGUCUUUCAUGGCUUUAAAAAAUUGAAAAUGUAACUCCACUUUGUUGUUGCAGUUAAUUUAUGUGUUGCCUGUGUUUUUCUGAAGGUAGAAUUCAAAGUUGUUCCAGUCAAAGAUAUAAAAUACCUGAAUAUUUCUUUUCCCAUCCCAGAUGUCAGUGAGUACUAUUUCAGUAAGGUAAGGCUUCUGGUGUUUCUUUGUAUAACCAACUCACACCUCAACCUCCUGUGACCUGCCUGUAACACUUGUGACAUCAUCACCUUUAAUGUUCAAGGAAGCUUUGACACUUGAAGGAAAGAGUUCACGAUUCAGCCAAACAAGCUAAAAAUGCUCAUGAAAAUUACGUAGUUUUACUGGAAUUUCCAGUUUUCCUCAUACCAUUAAUUUUCACAAUAGAUUAUUUUCAGGAUCGUUGUCACUUUCAACGCCUAGCAAAAGGCAAGACAAAGGAAGACAAGCAAAAAAAGGGGAGUGGGGGGAGAGAAAUUGUCUUUUUCGCAUACCUGAGCUAAAACACCAGUAUUUGCAUGGGUGACAAAAGCUAGGCUAGCGUAUUUUUCGACUCUUAAACAAGAUAUGGGUAGUCUAAGCUUAAUUUUGGCUGAAUACACCUGUUUUAACCAAAAUACAGCCUAAAUAGCUUGAAAUGGGGUAAUUAGGCAAAACUAAUGUUAAGUUCCUGACACUUCAAACCAAUAUCGUAAACGUCCGCUUAUAGCCCCCCUGAGUAAUAGGCCUCUUUACAUGUAAACUAAAAAAUACGUUUAAUUAUAAGUGCCCCCCCCGGAUAUAAGCCCCUCUCUAGCUUGUAUUCAAAUGAAUUCGACUUUUUAUAGUCUGCGUAGCAAGCGUUUCCGCGCGAGUUCGUCGAAGGCUAGAGUUUUUUUAACGACGUUUUGAAGCUUAAGUUAGCGAGUGAAUUCAUAUAGUAUCUUGAUCACCAAUGCUAUGUAGCUUGUUUUGAAACUUUUUUUAGUCCAGUUGUAAGCCCCACGGGUAUAUGCCUCCCCGUUUAUACAGCCUCAUAAAACCUCCGUAAUACGAAGUUGUAUAAGCAAAUGCUAUGAGGGCUUAUAUAAGCGGAAUUUUGCGGUGUCCAUGCAUUUUUCCAGGAAGUCAAUAAAUUGGGAAUUCACUGCAUUCACCGUCACUUUCGCUGAUAAUGUAACGCUAGAAAAGUACUGAUUUGGAAACGUGAUAAAUAAUCUUGUCUGACUUUAAUUUUCAGCCUUCUGUUUACUUGUCUCAUCUUCUUGGUCAUGAGGGUGAAGGAAGCUUACUUUCAGAACUAAAAGCAAGAGGUUAGUGCAUUAGCUGCAACAGUAAUUACUGGUAAACUAGUUGUGUAAUGUUAAGUCCUUUUCAUUUAAAACCAAUUAACCACCGUUUAGAUUAUCAUUCUUCAUUCAGUUUUGCGUGUUUAUGUACCGCUGUGGACCGUGUCUCCAGUGAUUUAGGCUCCUUAAACCCAGUGAUAAGUUUGGAAUGGUUAAAUAAAAUUAAAUUUUAAUCAAACUGUUAUGUAGGAACUGUAAGUGGUGAUUGUAAACAUAUUAGAAAUGUGAUUUAUAAUUGGAUUAAUAAUGAUUAUAAUUCGAUCAAAAUUGAAGCCUAACCCAUCUUUAGACAUGUGAGACAAAUGGACCUGUUUGCACCACUGAUUUGAGUCUCAACAACCUGCAAUGCAGGCCUACUUUUUGGGCGCAAAAGUUGCUCCUUUAUGAUUGUAAUGCUAUAACCACCAUCUUUGAUUAUCAGGCUCGUCUCUUUUCCACUAGCUAUAUUGUACACGUGCUAACGUAUUCUCAUUUCUUCGAAAUCAACGAAUUUCAACUCAUUGUUUGUUUCAACAGGUUGGGUAAAUGAGCUUAUGGCGGGAGCUAGUGCUGGAGCGAAAGGCUUUAUGUUCUUCAUUUGCAACAUGGAGCUCACCAAUGAAGGUCAAGGUAUGAGUGACAAACAUAACAGUCAACCAAGUCUGUGUUUUGUAUAAAAUCAAACCUUUAGAAAGAGUUUUUCUGCCAAUAUUCAGACACCAAAGAGUAUUUACUGUCAAAGCUCUCGUAAGCGAUCACUUUGGAAUUCAUAAAAGUGGUCGUAACUAGACAAGGGUGGUCUCACAUAAGCGACUUGAGAUAAAUUUAGUUAGGGCGGUCCCUUACAAGAGAUUUUAUCAAUAAGCUUGGCUAUAGUUAGUAACGGAGACUGGUUUAUGAAAGCCGGCAAAUAUCAAAGUUGAAAACAACGGUGCUGUAGUUUAUUUCGGAAGCUCCCUGACCGUGCACAAUCCUUUGUUUUUUUUUGUUCAAAAAUUGAGACUGAAUAAAUUAAUACGAUGUUUCUAUUGGUCAGUAGUUCAAAAUGAUAGGAAUGCUGUUGAACGUUGUGUGCAGUCAGGUCCAAAAAAGCUAACAAAAACGUAUAACCGAGGAGUCCAACGGGUUUCAUAGCCAUUCCACUUUAAUAACUAUGGCUUGGCAUAUGUUGUUGCAAUGUCAUUUUUCUUCUCCAUACUUUUGCUCGAUAUUUUGCCUCCUGCGCAUGCCUGAUCCCAAACAGCAGUAUUGUCCCUUAUUGUACCCUCAAUCGGCGACAAAAUGAGUUGAGACACUUCGCCCAAAACUGGGCUUUUUUUUACGUUUUAUUAACUUCAAAAGGAGGAAAUAUAGCUUUCCUCCCUCAUCCCCUCCGCAAUGUUGCAAUGUUGUGCCCUUGUUCUAGCUGCCUAUAGAAAACAACAAACACCCCAACUUUGAAUGGAGGGGACAGGGGAGGGGUGCGGAUUCUUUUGUUCUCAGAAAUUACCCUAUUGAAAAACAAUGUCUCAAGAAUUUUGUCGCCGAUUGUUGGUAUUGCACUAAAAACGAAUGCUAGCAUCGUACAUGUACAUCUAAGUCUCUUUGUCUAAAUGGUGCUGUGGAAUGAGAUUCAGUGUGCUCUCAUAUUUGCUAUACUUCAUGUAUUUUUUUUUUCAUGAAAUCGUUCCCUUUUUCCUAAAUCCUCUUUCCCUGAUUUCAUUUCAGACCACGUCUAUGACAUAGUAACCUGUGUUUUUCAAUAUCUGGAAAUGUUGAGAAGACAAGAACCUCUUGAGUGGAUCUUUAAAGAGUACCAGGUACAAAUUUGAUAAUUUUUUAUCAGCCAAUGGAGUGGAUGAAAUAUUGGCAAACUCUUCAAAUUACAGUCUAGCAACACAACACAUAACCUCCUACACAGACGUUUUUUCCUUCUGGUUCGUCACGCAGUCUUCCCCAACGCGUGACGAACCCUUAAGAAAGUCUGCGUGGGAGGCUACACUGCGUGUAUCAGUCAAUUUAGCACGGAAUUUUCAGCACUCAGGGAUACUGAGUGAAGGAAACUGAAUGAUUGGACCUGUCUGACCGAUGUACAAGCUUUAUUUUACUGUUGAUAAAGUUUGUGAUGUUUGUUUUGUAGGCUCUUGGUGAAGUCAAAUUCCAGUUCAAAGACAAAGAAAGUGCCAGAAGCUAUGUCUUUACAAUAGCCCGCGCUUUACAUGUGAGUAAUGUAUUUGGCAAAACAACAUAGACCAGAGCUGUGUUCACCACCAAUUAUAGCGGAGCUCCAAGCGCGCGCGCGUAGCCCCAUAGCUAAGAAAAUGUGGUAAUCUAUCCAUCCGAGAAAUUUUAGUAAUCACGUGACCGUAUGUCCACCCAACCGCCCGUCAGUAUCUAGCUAGUGUGGUAGCCUGCAACCUGAUCUUGCACACGCGUGUUUGGUCAAACGACAGCUGUCAAAACAGGGUAUCUGCUGACUGGUAUCACAUGACCGUAUUACGGGCUCAGGUGUAGACCCAUUGAAAUAACGUGCUGUUUUUUAAAGUUCUCCGCGGACAAGUUACUAGUUUUCGAUUGAUCUCAGGCUUAAUCAAAUUGAAUGUCUAUUUGUUAACCCGUGCUUCGCCUUUAGCCUUGGCUAAAUUUGUAUAUUAAACUUGCAUUAGGGUUUUCCUAAAGCAGUUGAAAAAAGCACGCAACUAAUUCAGCUUGAAAAAGAGAUUUGGUGAUGGAUUUUAAGUGAGAAAUUUAUUAAAUGCACAAGAACUCAUUGAAAAAGAGUAGUCAGCUACUCGUGUCAGGAAUAUUAUGAUUAAUCAAUGUGCCACGAAACGAACCAGUGUUGGGCGGAAUAAAGAGUUGCUUAAUUGCACCGUCUAAGUUUGUCCCCGUUUUUUCGAGUUCACGCCCGACCUUGUCGCCAGGGUUUUCUCGUUUCUCAAUCUGUCAUAGCCAUAUUUGAAAACGAGAGGACCCUGGCGACCCUGGUGACGAGGUUGAUUUACGCCCCUAUUCUAGUUCACCUCGCAGGUUUUGUCGAGUUUGGCCUCAGUUUGUACUUGAUUUUUUUUGUUGUUUAAUAAGGUGUUUUGUAAUGUAACUAUUUAUUGUUUCUUAUUUGUUUCUCGUGAUGAUGUAGUAAUAAUAUUGUACAUUGUUUUACGAUUUCGCAGGAAUUUCCCCUAGAAGAUGUUAUUCAGGCGCCAUACUUAUUUAGAGGUUUCAGACCUGACCUUAUUAAAAUGCUUCUUUCAUACCUUCUACCAUCAAAAGUUAGGUGAGAUUUGUCACAUAUGAUGUGAUACCAUUGUAGUCAUUUUUCAUUUGGGACUGUCGUCUUGGUCUUUCUGGAUAUGUUAAUCAGCCCUAUAAUUUCACAAAUUUAUAUGUUGUAACAUAAUCUCUUUUCUUCUCUUUUUGGUCUCUCCCUUUUUUAGAAUAACCGUAGUUGGCAAGGUGUUUGAAGGUAAGACAGAUCUCGUGGAAGAGUGGUACGGCACGGAAUACUCAGUCAACAAAAUCCGUCCCAAAUAUAUUGAGGUAUAUUUAGUAUGUUAUAAAUUAAGUUGUUCAUCGAACUCCUUUUAAAAGCUUUAAGUCGAAUUCAAGAUGAAACUUUUAGUUGUCUUGCACUGCAUUGCCGUGCUCGCCGAUUGGCUGAAUGAUUAGAAGCUUAAAACCUUUUACUAGCGCUUCGCGCCGGCUACGUAGGUGCGUAGAUGUGAUUUGCUCAUUUUUUUUAACAAUAACUGCAAUAGACCUUAUUCACGAUACCCGCCAUCUUUGCUAAACUUGUGUGCGGUCCCAAAAUAAAGUCGCCCACAUUAAACAUUUAACGUUACCUUGAACAAUCGCACGACAAAAUUUUAAAAUUAGCCUUGUCCUUGCCGUCGCCGUCGUCUUUGCUAAAGCUCCCUGUUGAAGUGAUGCUGCUUAAGAUCGCAGCAUCUGGGAAAAGCUGAAGGUCCUGAUGAUGAAGAUGUUAUAAUGAUGAUGAUGGUGAGGGUUGUAGAUAGCGGGUGUUUAGUUGUACUGACAAACUAAUAUCAAAGGUGUGUGAUUUCAAUUUUCACUUCCUCAGGAAUGGAAUAAUGUGUCGCUGAAUCCGUCUCUACAACUCCCCCCAGUAAACGAAUUCAUUCCAACAGACUUCACUAUAAAAGAAAGACCUCAAGAUGUAAGUUGAAAAGACCAUGCUUAUUUGUCUUUAAUUACUAAGUAGAUCGCAUUUCGUUUGAUAUAGUAAGGCCCGGUUCAGACACUGUACUUAACUUGAGCCGUAUCGAAUUCGACUUUGGCCGACCCAAAUUAAUUUAGGUUUUGCAGAAUUGAUUCAUUCGCUGACUUUUAUUCCAGCGGAACUAAAUUAAAAAGGAAAAAAAAUAAAAUGCAUUAAACAGAGUUCCCCAGAAAAUGAAGUAGAAAGAGAACAGGUUCAAGUAGGCGGCAGUAGAUUAAAUCAAAAGGAGCGGAAAGCCUUUCACGCGGCUUAGCUGCAUGUGAGGUUAGGUAUGGCUGGAGUUCCCCCCCCUCUCACUAACUCCGGGUUUAUUUUUAUGUAAGGUGUUUUUUUUAAAGAGCUGUUGAGUUCUUUGACUUCUUUUGCUUUAAGUCUUCCUUUAUAUUCUUCUCUUUCAAACAAAAAAAAAUCAGGAUCAAGAAUGAUUAGCAAAUUGAAUUUGUUGAUCUUUCCAGAUCGCUGAUUUUUCUUUUACACUCUUCCGCCGCUUCUCUUUGAAUCUGAUUGUCCUUCUGCAGCCACUGUCGCUCCGUUCAUCACUGCGGUCUGUUUUGUUGGUUCAAAGCUGGAACCAGCUGUUCGUAGCUGUACAUAAACAUUGGCUGUGCCAUCCUUAGUCGACGGAAUCUGUUAAAUGCACAAAAGCAAUUUUGUAGAUUUACAAUCUUUGGCUUACAAAAACAACGAAGAGGUUUUUCUUGAGUAAAAACCCUAAGAUCUAAAUUACCAAUACGAAAAUACAAAUUCUGGGUAAGCACUGUAAAUGCUUGACUGAAAACUCAAUGUCUCUAAAUCUCUCGCUAAAUAAUUAUGAUGUCUUUCGCCAAAAGUGGGGGAUUUAAUUUAGUGAUGUCAUGAAACAAUUGCCCUUGUUAAAUUCUUCUGCGCGCGCAUGCGCAUGCGCAGAGUUUAAUCCUCAGCGAUACUCCUAGUCAGCACAAGGGCCGCCUGUGGUCUUAUCCAGCUACUCUGUUCUGGGGGCAGGAUCACUUAGUCAAUUUUUAAUCUUUCUGUUUACAACAAUUGCUGGUUGCACCAUCCAUAGCUUGUGAGCUCUUCAUUUCAAGUAGCAUGCUAGGCGAGGGAAAGCGCAACCCAGCGACAACGCUGCAACUCAUGCGCCGCUCGCGCUUGGAAUUUGCCUAAGAUUUUCAGAAAAUUGAUUGAAACUUAGAUAGCAAACAAAAUAAUGCGCAGAUGCUUGCCGAAUUGUAUACGCGAAUGAAAUCCCUCACUGCGUCCAAAGAAAGCGUUUUGGAGUUCCCCUUAAAAGCAUUUGAAUGGAAGUUAUGAGUAGAGUACAUGGAAUAGAAAACUUGUGUCUAUUUUUAAUUUGGUUUUGAAGUUCUGUAAGUCAACGUUUUUUUUCUUUGCAGUCUUCAUCGAUCCCCACCCUUGUAAAGGUAUGACCUUUUUGUUUUAUUAAUUUGCUAUCAAAAACCAUGCGCUUAUGAAUGAUUUUCGCGAAUAUUGCGGAUUCUCCAACGAUUCGUGAAAAAUAUACCCUGCGAAAUUACUAAGUAAUAAUGUUGGGGCAAAUUUUUUCCUUUUGUUUUUCGUUUUCUCACUUACCUGUUAUCGUGUAUUCUUUUCCUUUUCGCUCUCCGGUAUUUUUUCAAUUAUGCUCCUUUGUUACGUGCUGUAUGUAAAUUUCGUUAUAGUUUAUUAUCUCGCCCUUAUUUAUUACCAGUUUUACGGAUCUAAUAAUAAUAGUAAAUUGCGCAGAGUAACUGUGGUGCAUUAGCAACUGUCUCGAAAGAAAAAGAAAAGUGGUUAGCAGAGAUUGGUAUCACAUGUCGUUUGGAAUCAUUACGGAGAGCGUGCUUACUGGGUACAGCCAGAAUCCUUCUCAAAGUCUUAGACAUCUAAGGUCACGUGGCGGUGACUUGAUGUUUAAGGAUGACUCCAGCAAGCCAUCCAGAAGCUCUGUUUUAAUAUUUUAAUAUUUAUUCAGAAGCUGUGUCUUAAUUUUUGUGCUUUCAAUAGACGUUAAUGAAACUGCAGAAUACCCGGCCAUUUUGAAGCUAUACCCCUAUAACAGUGGAUACGUAGCUACGCGGCUACGUGGCUACGCGGCUACGGGACUACGUGGCUACGUGGCUACGGGGCUACGCGGCUACGUGGCUAUGUGGCUACGUGGGUAAACGGCUAACCCAAACACUGACACUUACCGCAACACUAACCCUAACCAUAACCUUAAUCCUAACCCCAACCCUAACCCUGACCCUAAAACUAGUCCUAACCCUAACCGUAACCCAAACCCAAACCCCUGGAGUACGCGGCUACGUGGCUACGCGAACGGUAAUAACUUCGAAUUGGCCGGGUAUUCUGCAGUUAAGCCCCUCAGGAGUCGCUAAUGCCGAUAAUAAUAAUAAUAAUAAUAAUAAUAAUAAUAAUAUUGUUGUUUGCAUUACCCGAUUUUAUUAUAAAUUUCCUCACCAUCUGUCUUCUCAUUGGCUAAGAGCCUACAGCUAAUUUUGGAAAUUAGCACAACCUACAGAUUAGUUAGUUAUCUGCUAGCAAAUACUGACUAAUCUGUAGGUUGCGCUCGCAAUAUAUGAUUUCCAAUAAAAAUAUCAAUUCAAGUUCCUUGCGACGGUGUGUUUGUCGUUAUUUUCUUUAAAACUAUGUAUAAUAAAACAAUUAUUAGAUUCGGUUUUUGUGAUAUCCUAAAUAAUCAAGGUCUCAGUAAGUGUUAUCAGCCUCGGCCUUCGGCUCGGCUGAUAACACUCACCUACUCGACCCUGAUUAUUCCGGAUAUCACAAAAACCUUAUCCAAUAAUUGUUUAAUAGAUUGUUUGAGCGAACUGUAAAUAUUAUUGAGAACUUCGCUUUUUUCCCUGACCAAAUCUAUGUAUUUUGCUUUUCAUGAAGCACUCUAUAUACGUCAUUUUCCUUUUUUUUCGUUACACAGGAUAAUUCUCUGAUGAAAGUGUGGUUUAAACAAGACGACACGUUUAACCAGCCCAAGGCUUGUCUUCUUUUUGAAAUCACAAGGUAACUGUCACAAUUAAAGAGAUUUUCUCAACAGGUUUUCGAACUUAUCACGCUUAGUCCAGGGUCGCAUAAUACCUCGCCCCAUAUAAGGGAAUACAAGGCAGUCUUGGAUUCUGGAUUCCACGCCAUGGAUUCCGGCUCCCAGGUACUGGAUUCCGGAUUGUUUGUCAGUGGAUUAAGUUCCGGAUUCCACAAGCAAAGCGUUUCCGGAUUCACUUUCUUCGUUUGUAGUGGCUUUAUUUCAAGUCGCCAUCUCAAAAGUCACUCGAGUCUUGAUCGAAAGUAGUCAGCGCCGUGUUUCUCGAUCUUAGAUUCCACAACAACAACAACAACAACAACAAAGACUUUCAACGAAAACUGUCGCUAAAAUGUACAAAGAAAGUGAUUUCUACCGGUCGUGGCAAGCAUAGAAGUGAGUAUAAUAACAUGCCUAAUUGCUGGUUUGUAUGCAAAGCUCUAGGAUGAGCUUGCCGACCACGCGACUUAGCUCAGCAAGGGCCAGUGAACAAAUGAAGGCUACUGUAAAGUCAAAACCAGACUUUUGCAGUUCAAAAAUAAAAGGUUUUGUACAAUGCUGAAUUCAUUUGGCUUUACAGUCUAUUAAUCUUCGGUUAUUUUUGCUAUAACCCUUAUACAUUUCAUUUCUAAUGUUAGGAAAGUUUUGACACCGCGACCGUUUGUAAUGUUAGGAAAGUUUUGACACCGCGACCGCCCGAAACUAAACAACAACAAACACGAAAUAGCUUGCUUAUUUGUGACGUAGUGCCCGUUCAUUUAGUUAUUGACCAAGCUUGUUCGGUCAAGAUCGCUGGAUAAUGCCCAAGUACGGAUUUGCGUGUUUAUGCACCGAAACGUGGCCGGGUUCUUUAAAGACGAAAGUAAAAAAAAGUAAUUGAAACAAAACAGUAUCCAGCGAUCUUGACCGAACAAGCUUCGUCAAUAAAGGAUCUGUUUUAUACCAAAAAACUGUUUUCUUGAAGUACAAAGUGAGUAAAGCUACCAAUGAAUUAACACAGAUUCGCUUCAUCCUGCCCACUCGCAAAGCCAGUGAUAUAAUAAAUAUACUCAUGGCUGGACUUUGUUUAUAGCCGUUUUCUUUCCUUUCUAUUUUAUUUUACAGCCCGUUGGCGUACGUAGACCCUCUUCACUGUGAUAUGACGCAUUUGUUUGUAGAACUUCUAAAAGACUCGUUAGCUGAAUACUCAUACGAUGCCGAUAUAGCUGAGCUUAACUACAAACUAGAAACUACAGUCUACGGAAUAUAUGUAAGUUAAUCUAAACGCUAAAGGUAAAGGUCUUUUUAUCACGUUGGUAACUCGAAUCGUAACAGUACUCAUUAGGUAAGUUGAGUUUGAUCGUCCGGGUGAACGUAGUCCUGAAUAGGACUGUUGUUGUUUACAGUGACUGACGUUUCGACAACCUGUGCGGUAGUCAUCUUCAGAGUCUUUGACUAAUCUUCAAAGUCUUUGACUCUGAAGAUGACUACCGCACAGGUUGUCGAAACGUCAGUCACUGUCAACAACAACAGUCCUGUUCAGGACUACGUUCACCCGGACGAUCAAACUCAACCUACUUUUGAAAUAACUCCUGGGUUCAAACCUUUCACAGUACUCAUUAGACUGGGAAUACGGGGCCGACGGUACGUUCAUUAUACCCUCUCUCUCCACCUGUUUUCUGUUUUAAGGAUUAUUUGACUUAGCUACUUAAAACUACUCAGAAAGGAAAAAAUCAAGUCGAAACAAGGAGGUCACACCUGGCCUGGCCGUUACCGACUGUGCGAAUUCUUUCUCUUGUUUAUCAAGAAAUUUUGACCAAAUCUCGAUAAAAAUUAAUUAGUGUCUUUUAUCCACAAGUCAAUGAACUAUUGAAUUCUCCAUUAUUUUGAGAAGGUCAACUUGAAACUUUGCAGCUGCAUUGUUGCCGUAAUUUUGCAGCAACUGAUAACAGAGAGUUUAACCUUCACGUAUACGGCAAACGUCAUAUUCAAGUUGAGAAUUUCUCAAAAUAGAAAAUGAGCAGAUAAAAACGAUUCAAAACAAUUGUUAUGGAUAAAAAAUUGCGUGAAACUACUAAUGUAUGUUUAAAAAUAAUGACCAGUAAACGACAAGUAAAGGGGAAACUUGGUCACGUGGUACAAAUUCGCGUUUGCCGUUUGACUUAAACUUGAAUCUUAACCUCUCUAAUGUAACUUGUUCUGUUUAGUGGCCUUAGUUCCCAUGAGUCUCCUAUAGCUUAGUGGUAGAGUAUCUAGACUAGUGGCCAGAAGGUCAUAGGUUCGGGAGUACUCGGUUUUUUUCUUUCGAGCCGCCUGCUGUGUCAACAGCUCAAGCGUGAACCAGCGUCAUUUUGGCGGGAAAACGUGAUAGCCGUCGUCAUUCGCCGACCAGUUUUCGCGAGAAUGUCGUAGUGGAGGAAACAAGUUAUCAAAUGAGAGAAGUUUUAUCAUUUUGCUAUCGGGAGAGGGCUCAACGUUCAGUUUAUAUAACCGAACUAACUUUUCUGGGGAACAAGAGUAAAAUGAAGCUUUCCGGGGUGUCUUUUUUUUUUAGAACAAGCGCAGAAACAUUCAAGUUAAAUCUCGUACUCAUACUUGUUCUCGUCCUCUAAUCUAAAGCUCUCUUAUGACUGAUUAACAUCCUUCUAAUUCUCUGUUGUUCUGUUUUGUUUUUCAGCUGGCUAUCAAAGGAUAUAAUCACAAACAGCCAGUUUUACUGAAGAAGAUUUUAGAGAGAAUAACAAAUUUCCAAGUGGAUCCUAAACGAUUUUCAGUCUUCAAAGAAAGGGUAAGUGCUAAAGGCCAUACCGCCAUCAUCCAGGAAGUUUCAACGAUAUUUAUGACAGCGCGUGGGACUUUCAAUCCGGAGGUCUGGGUUCGAGUUCCGCUCCGGGGCCGGGUUGUUCCAAGAUGGGUUAAGAUAACCGAGGGUCAGUGCGAAAUUUGAAUUCAGAUAUGAAAGCUUAAAAAGUAAAUUUAGUUUAAGUCUUUUUGUCAACAAGUUGAUGAUUGGAUGCUCUUAAAACUAUAACAGAGAAAAUUAUCCGAGAAAAUGUUUUUGAAGAAAAGAAAAAGAAACUCGGGUUAAAUUUAACCCUGGGUUAAGCGCCAAUCGGCCUUCGAACAACUGGGUGAGUUUGCGUCCACACUUUUAAACCUAGCUGUGGUUUUCGAUUAUGUUAUGUGUCACCUGGUUAUUUGUUUAUGAUUAUUUGAGUUGAGUGCCAGUAAACUAGCUAGAACAGCAACGUGCAUUUCCAUUUUUAAAAGAAGUCAUUACUUCGUGCCUCUUCCCAUACACAAAUUACUCUUGUUUAGUUAUGGAGAAGAUAUCAAACAAGCUCAUCAAGGAACACUUACCUUAAAACGUUUUGGUGAUUUUUGCAGGAAUAGCAUUAAAAUUUAGAAAAAUUGCCCAAAUUUUGUCAAGCUUCAAUCCAUUUCAUCCGUGCCAUCCAUAGCAACAGUCGACAGGAAACAGUUACUAUGCCUAAAUAUAGUCUUGAACAACAAAACUAGACCAUUAUUUUUGAAAUUCAGUUGAUGCAAAAACAUGUUUUAGCGUUUAAAAUAACAUAUGAAACAGCCGGUACUUACAUUGUCGGCACUUACUUCCCCGGGGGUACUCAACAAAUGUUUAUACGGGAGUUUCCGCCCCGAGGUCUUAGCCCUUACCCUAUUAUAUACCAUUUUUGACGAAAAAGGUAACCCCUUUGACAUACCUUGUUUACAACUCUGCGUCCCUUUUAACUGCUGUAAAUGCACUGUCUUUUAAACAGGAAUCAAUCACAAAAAUAGAACGUUUUCUCGACUUUAUAAAGUCAUGAAAUUCAUCUGUUAGCCUUUUUGGGUCAUUUUACAGACCCAAAUGACAGAUUUCGCUACCCUUUUAUAUACUUCAGCUAGUGAAAUCCCUACCCUUUCAUAUACCUGAAGCCUUAAAAAGAUACCCCUUUCGGGCGGAACCCCCCUCCCCCGUAAUGGGCCAUCAUAGGGAGUACCCCCCGGGUACUUACUCCUUCAUGCUUUUCAUGUGCUCAAAAUUGGUUCGGUCUAUGCUUUUAGUGUAUUGUGGCUCUGAAGAACUUCUCUGCUGAACAGCCUCAUCAGCACGCCUUGUAUUACACUACAUUUCUGCUAGAGGAGUUGGCUUGGCAUAAGGAUGAGCUCUUAGAUGCGAUGGAAGGUAACUUUUAUUCAGCCUUGUUUCAACCUUACACUUGUUUUUAUAUCAGGGAGCUUAAGCAACGACGACGGGGACGCAAACGAAAACGGCAAAAAGAAAUUUGUUUAGAUCAGCAAAACAACAACUCUGCACGUGCUUCACGCUUUUUGUACCUUUCUUUACCGUCGCUGCUUGACUACGACGUGAAAAUACCUAAUUUCACAUUUUGUGGAGGACGAGAACACAAGAUAAUGCCUUUCUUUUUCUUUUCAUGAACUUUGAUACAGUCCUUUGAAUUCAACUGAAGAAACAUUUGCCAACAGUUUAGAAACUGAACGAGAUGGAAUAAGCGUGAAAAAUUUUGAAGCGGUGGAAAUUCAGUAUUUUUAAGUUUCGUUUUCGUAGCCGUUGCUUUCGUUGUUGCUUAAGCUCACUAAUAUCUUUGUCAAAAACGAGGCAAGUGUUUGCCAUUUGAUGGUUAGCUGAGACACAGUCCCUCAGUUAAGAGUACGUGAAAUUAAUCUUGCUGUGUCCGGAUUGUCUUUCAGAGCUUACCGUGGAAAAGUUAGCGGCUUUCAUCCCUGAUCUGCUGGGAAGGCUUCACAUCGAAUGUUUAUUUCAUGGAAACUUAACAAAAGAGGUGAUCUUAACAUCAUUCAUGGUUUAUUUAUAGCAUAAAUUAGUAAGAAGCAAUCUGCAAUUAGUUAUUUCAAACCAAAGCUUAAGUCUCGUUUUUAUGCCAAUCAAUCAAGGGAAAUUUGGAAAGGCUAAGCUAAGCACAUUAAUUUACUGUUAUAAAUCAUUACCUGUGCUAAAUUAAGAAGAAAAGCGUGGUGGUGGCGGCCAUUUUGAAGUUGGGCUGUAGACUAUGGCACUGUUUUAGGGAGCGAAUCUAGAGCCACUUUCUUACGCAACCUCGAGCUCGUUAGAGGCAAUGAGAGAAAUGAUAGGUCUCCCAAAAACGUUCCCAUACUGCAAGUGGACUAAACGCACACCCAGUCUUAAGCAACGCCUCAAAAUGGCCAAUAUUUCUAUUACAGGAGGCCUUAGGGACCUCGGAUCUCGUGGAAACAAUUCUUAAGGAAAACGGCAAAACAAAACCGUUGCUGCCCCAACAGUUGAUGCGACAUAGAGAGAUACAGUUACCCAGCGGUGAGUAUUAUUUCCCGUCUGAUAGGCUACUAAUAAUCUCUCUGGUACCCUUAUCUUGGGUACCAGAGGUUUAGUCUCAAGCGUGGAGAUUGAGAGUGGUGUAGAUGCUCGGGGUUAGUCGCAGACUGACACGUCUUCGGGCUAUAGGACGAAGCCUCGAGAAAAAACCUGCUUUUCGCGCGGGUCACUUUAAAGACUUGGCCGAAACUGUGCACGUGAAAAGUCUCUGGCACCCAGGGUACCGUACCGUCCAUUUGUCUUGCUCACGCACUAUUGUGGUAAAUACGUGUCAUAGAGAUACAGCUACUAAGCGGCCAGUAUCUUGUUCAUUGCCUAAGGCUAGCAAUACUAAUGCUAUAGGCGCCUCUCAGUUAGCCUGGUGGGCUCCCUGUGAUGUGGUUUCGGCACUUGUAGUGGGGCUAACUUGAAAGCACGCAACCUUUUCGUUGCAGUAAGCGUUGGACGAAGUAGAGUAAAAUAUUAUCCUCGCAAUGAUCGCUGUGACUCUGCAGUAGUUGUAGGGGGUGCGCGCUAUAUGAGACUGACAUCGUCUCGUGCAAUCUGUCUCACAAAAGCUAACAAGGAAUACUACUAAGUGAUACAGAACCUUUAGGCUUGUAACAAACUUGUGCAGUAUUCGAGGGCUCUUCAGUUUAUUACAUUGGUGUUUCUCUGGCUUUAAUGACUAUAGUUUUCGAUUAUAAAACUGUUGAUGUUCAAUUUUGCUUUGAUUUUCCUGUAUUACAUCUAUACUGAGGCAUAUUUCCGUUGGUCUGUUGUUUUAGGCUGUUCUUAUCUAUUUGAAAUGGAAAAUGAAGUUCACAAUAAUUCUAGUGUGGAAAUAUAUUAUCAGGUUAGUUAAAAGGACAAGUUGCUAGUUUGAUUGAUUUCGUUGAAAAAACGGUAACGAAAUGGAUGAUAAUUGAUUCUUUUUUUUUCUUAGUGUGAUUUACAAGCUACUAAGAGUAACAUUCUUCUGGAACUGUUUUGUCAAAUCAUAUCGGAGCCGUGUUUCAACACUUUGAGAACACAGGAGCAGUUAGGUUUGUUAACUAGGCAUUGGUAAUGAAACCGUAGGCACGUACACUAUACGUCCUGGUUAGACUACGAAAUUUUCAUGAGCCAAACUUAGUUCGAGUUAAUAGGGACUUUUAGCAAAUCGCUACGACGGCCGGAAGUUAAAAAAGCCCCCCCCCCACUCCACCCAAAAAAAUGACGCAGUACGUAUGCACAGAAACUACCUUUCGCCAUAGCGCCAAAUCCUACAACGAGAGGACUUGUCUUGUGGCGUGGUCGCUACUUCGUGAGUAUGAAAUUCGACCUUCUCCUACUUUUUUAUAAUCAUUGGUUUUAAAACCUUUCGUAGAUUGUUUUUCACUUUAUCAAGAGAGUAUUUGACACUUCUGGUUUUCAAUAAUUACGUCAUCCCUACGUUUUACUAACAGCAAAAGCAAAUGAACGAGAAAGCCCUUAAUCGCUGUUUGGUUGCCGCUUCCUAAAUGUUUAAAUUUGGCGGGCUACGAUGCCUUACUCUCCCCAGGACUCCGCAUCCACGACCGCCGUAGCGAUUUGCUUAAAGUCCCUCAGAAUGCCAAAUUAACAGAGUACGCCUGUUGAUGACGUCAAACGUACAACCAUUUGAGGCAAAACAAUCGAUACUUGCCGAAUAUGAGUAAUGCAUUAGGUUCGGCGCAUGAAAAGCCUCUGAAUCAAAGCCGUUUGGGUAUUGUUUAAUGUCUUUUCAAUCUUUUGUAUUUCGUCAUUUGGUGAUUGCAGCCGUCUGCAACACCAAGAAAGUACCGUUUUUUUUUGGGGGGGCGAACGGGGCGUAUGAUGCAUUGUGCAUUAUUAAUGGCUAAUAGUAGAAAUUUCCGCCUUUACCAGGAACAGGGUGUAAUGGUCAAACGAUGGACUUUCAAUUCGCCUGUUGCAGGUGUUCAGAUAGUGAAGAACAGCGCAAAAUGGAGAGCAGAGCAAAAAACAAAUUAACAAACAAGGACAAUAACAACAAAACCAGACUCAGGGAGCUCCGCCUCUCUCUCCAGCUCUCUCCUUGCUGCGCUCUUCCUGUCUCGCUGCCCGCUCCAGCUGAACACCUUGGGGAGGGUGGAGAGAGGUAUGGGGGGUGGGGCUUGAAACUUGUCCCCGUAAUACAAAAUUUCGCGACUCUACGAAGCCAUUUUUUUGUUUUUUUCUCAGCAUGUUACGCUCGAACUUGGCAAAUUUACUGACUUUAAGGAUUUUUUUCUAAACUGUUCUAUAUCUUAAGAUGAAAAAACCGCCAAGAGGUCCAAUGACACACUGAAUUCUUGGUCAAGCAACUAACUGGUUUUGGUCGUUGAAGAACCAUACAAUCUUACUUGCCUUUACUUACCUUUCAGGGUAUAUUGUCUGGAGUGGAGUAAGAAGAUGCAAUGGUGUGCAGGUUGGAAUAAUCUUAUUUUGAUUUUUAUUUACUAAAGAAAUGGUUGUUGUUGUUGUUUGUAGCCAUCUUCUCAUCCAGCCGAAUACGUAACUGAUGCAAGUUUAUAAAGACCAAAUAAAUAAAUAGAAAAGUGCCCGGGGUGAUACAACUGACUAUAAACGUUUCUGACUUUCCAUAACCGAAUCCUAUCCAAAGACGUAAUCAUUAAGUUGCCUUUGUUAACAAAAUUUUUGUAAAUUUUUUUUAGGGACUUCGCGUGAUAAUUCAGUCUGAAAAAGAACCUUCCUUGCUAGAUUCGCGCAUCGAAAAGUUCCUGGAAGGAAUUGAGGUUGGUUUUCAGAGAAUCCAAAUUUGUCUGUGUGGAUGUCUUAGUUGGUGUAAAGUAACCAUUAGUUUAUCUUUUUGCUUAGGAGUACAUUAAGGCAAUGACAGAUGAAGAAUUUAAGAACCACAUUGAAGCGUUGGCUGUGAGAAGACUCGACAAACCCAAAAAACUAUCUUCGGAAUGCAGUAGACACUGGAAAGAAAUUCUCUCCAGACAAUACAACUUCGAUAGAGGUAAAUACUGAUAUCUCAGUCUAUAGGAAAAAGUGGAUAUGUUGAGGUUCAGUUUUGUCGUUGGUCCAAAUUUUAUUUUCAUUCUUUGCCAGAAAAAACAACAACAACAACAACAAUGGCUGCAAGCGUCCGUUCUCAAAUUACCUAGGAUGAAAUAAGUCGCCGUGCUCACCAACGGUUUAUGCGUUUUGCGCCUCGUUGCGGGCUUCGCCGCGAAAAAAAUACCUAUCGCACCCAGGGUAAAAAAGCAAACGAAUUAAAACUUGGACCAAGGAUAAAAUUGACCACAACUUCUAUCAUGAAUUCUGCGUUUUCUUGGAUAGUUUCUAUAAGAUUCUGUUGUGCUUUGCUUUCACGCGCGUGUUUUCCGCGCAUGGCACCAAUUUCCUGUUUAUGCGCGCAUGUUCCACGCAUGUUGGCAUUCCUUCCCGCGCUUACUGUCGACCCUAGGCUCAGUCUCCAGCCAUGGGUGCCUCGGUGCGCACGCGAUUCUCCCCACCUCUAAGGUGGGGAAUAUCCACAAAAAAUUGGGUAAUUUUCAUUAGGCUCAAUCAUUAGGCCAUCGAUUAAAAAAUAGCUGCCUAAGGCUCUCACAAAAAAGUAAAAGCUGCGUAGCUGGCGGUUUUGUUUGUCGAGCGCGCAAAUGAGCAGUGAAGCUGCGAGGUGAAUGGGACGGCAGCCUUUUUGGGGGUACUUUAAGAGUUUUCGAGUGGGGAUUUGCCGCUGGGACCCUGGAACCGUUAGCAUAUACCAGAGCUAGUUCAAGUGAAUUUUACUACCCUAUACUACACUAAACUCCACAAAUUCCCCCCUAUCUUAGAGUCGCUGUUUUCCAGAAACUACUGAGGUCAGUAGCACAGUGCAGCCAAAUCAAAACCCACUGGAUUUUUUUACAUUUUGAGGGCAAUUCCCGGUUUCCCUAGUCUGAAGAAAAAAUCUUCAACCAAUUGAUCAGUUUCCUGGAAAAUGAUACCCUAUUCUAGACCCAAACUCUCUGAUUUAUAUACCCUAUCCUAGAGUAAACUGCUUGAAAACCAUACCCUUCACAGCGGCACAUACUCGCUUAUAGCGGAUCAUACAUACAUACAUGUUUUUAUUUGGAGUCUUAUGCAAUAAAUAGUACAGUACUGUAUAUCAACUAUUUCCAAAUAACUAAAAUUAUAAACAUUAAAAAUUCCUAACCAUAUAUGGCUAUAUAGCCCAUAUAUGACAGUACCAACUCCCCCCGCCCUUGGCAGCUUUUUAACUCUCGUCCAACAAAUCGCCAGUUAUGCAGGCUAGUAAAAGUAUUUUAAACUAUUGGUUGUAUCUUUGUCCUCUG